GGACCGUCGCCUGCAUCGGGCCUUUUCUACUUUCCUCCCCCUCGCCGUCAAUCCACUCAACGAGCCGCCGCGAGGAUAUGAGCCCGGAGGUUUCGCUCCCGUCGACCCGAUAGCAAACCCUUUCUAUGGCGGCAACAACGAUGGGCGGCGGUGGUCCUCUCUCCCCUCUAUCCAUCCUCCUCCUUGUUGUUCUUCUGCAUCUCCUCGAUGGAUUCGUCGAAUUCCUCCGAAAGAGAGGAUUGAGAAGCAGUGAAGAAGUUCAACUGCGACAAGAAAUCAAGGAACUUUUAAAAGAGGCCGGCAAAUUAUCAACGCCCUCCACAUUUGCUCAAGCUGCAAAACUUAGACGAAUGGCUGCGACUAAAGAAAAGGAACUAUCUAAAAAACAUGAGGAAUACAGCAAGGAGAAGAGGUGGUCAUAUGAUAUGUUUGCAAGAGCCCUGCUGAUCCUUAAGGUAAUACUAUAUAUUGGACUGACUUGGCAUUUCUGGGGUGUUCCAGUCGCAGAAGUUCCACAACAUCUUUUGCAGCCUUUUGGGAGUUUCUUGUCCUGGAGAUCUGGAAAUCCCGCCACCGGCCAAGUCAUGGUUGGAAUAAUACCAUGGCUGGUCUUAACUAAUCGAGUUAGCAAGUUUUUGUGUCAAAAGCUGUCAAAAUUCUUUUUCACGAUCAAAUCCUAGAACUUUAUCUAUCCACACUUUAUAUAUGUAGUUCUUGAAUAUCCAGAGAUGUACGUAAUCUCUGCUUGCUGUAUCUCUAGCAUUCCUUUUUCUUUCUCCUUGAAAUGGGCAGUUUUUUUUAGUCACCCCAUGAGUUCUUGUAUGAGAAACUUCAGAAAACAUGGAGUGUGGCAUGAACGAGAGUAUUCUACUUUUUGAUCUUGGACAGGAACAUUGCAUGUUGAGAUUUUUUUUUCUCUCUUUCAAGAUGGAUGGCUGGCACAUGCCUUUGUUUAAAAUAUAUUUGAUCUGAUUUCUCAUAUAA